UUGGUUUACUUGCUUUGAGUGUUUACGCCGGUUGCCUGUGUGAAAUUGUAAAAAUGAAUAAAAAAAAUGGAAAUAUAAUUAAAAAUGACGAUGAAGAGGGAGAGAUGGAUUUAUGUAAGAAGGUAAUGAAUGGCAUCGCUUGCAAAGAAGAUCUAUAUCAGUUUUUCGAACAUAAUGACCAGAACAUCAAUAAGUUUCAUUUUUCAGAGGUUUCUCAAAUCUGUAAGGAUAAACCAUGUCAGCUUGGAGUUGAUGAGGCUGGUCGUGGCCCAGUUUUGGGUCCAAUGGUUUAUGGUAUCACAUAUGCUCCAUUGUCUCAGAAACAACUGCUUGUUGAUCUAGGCUGUGCUGAUUCCAAGAGCCUGACGGAGAAGAAACGCGAAGAGAUCUUUAAUAAUAUCUGUAAGCAUAAGGAUAAUAUCGGUUGGGCAAUUGAGGUAAUAUCGCCGAAUGUUAUUGCCAACAACAUGUACCGUCGUACCAAAAUUUCACUAAAUGAGAUCUCUAUGAUGUCGGCUAUAAACUUGAUCCAAGGAGCAAUCAAGGCAGGUGUAAAUGUUACUGAAAUUUAUGUGGAUACCGUCGGUAAACCUGAGUCUUACCAAAUACGGCUGGAAAGCGUAUUUCCCAACGUCAAAAUAACAGUGGCAAAAAAAGCAGACGCAACUUAUCCGAUUGUUAGUGCUGCUAGUAUAUAUGCCAAAGUGUCGCGAGAUCAUGCAAUACGAGCAUGGCGGUUUCGUGAAGGUGAGGGCAUUAAAACAGAAUAUGGUAGCGGUUAUCCCACUGAUCCAGUAACUAAAAAUUGGUUAUCUGCGAACGUGGAUCAGGUGUUUGGCUUCCCACAGCUUGUUCGGUUCAGCUGGUCCACUGCAGAACAGAUUCUCGAAUCAAAAGCACUGACAAUAGAAUGGGAGGAAACAGAGAAAACUUCCAAUGACCAAAAGAUUUUAAAGUUUUUCGUCAACCUUCCUACUAAAUCAUCUAACAUUCAUACAAAAAAACAUCGGUUUUUCACUGAACGUUGUCUAUCCAAUACAACUAUCUUAUGA